AGCGCGGAAGGAGAUUGAAAACAGCAGCAGCGCCACAGACGAGCGUCUCCCGAAAGCGAGGCUCGGCCUCCCGCGUCCCGACCCGACCCGCAGGGGCGCACGGUCGCCGCCAUGCCGCGCUCCUUCCUGGUCAAGAGCAAGAAGGCGCACAGCUACCACCAGCCGCGCUCCCCGGGGCCCGACUACCCGCUGCGCCUGGAGGCCGUGCCCGCGCCGGGCAGAGCAGACGGCGGCGCGGGCGAGGCGAGGACGGGGCCCCGGGGCCGGCUGGGCCCGGACGCCCAGCUCAGCGACGCUCCCGACGGCGCCUGCGCGUCCCCUCCCAGCUGCGGGGGCAGCGUGGGCGACCCGGGCUCCGAGCUCGAGGACCUCUGGAGGCGUCCUUCCCCCUCGCUGUCCCCAGGUAAGGGGCUGGGGCGCCGCUGCCGCGGGGGAUGCGCCCAGGGAGCCGGGCCUGGGGGCGGCCCGGGGCGUCCAGCCUGUCCUGGACAGCCUGCCUCGGUGUCCCCUCCUCCCGGGGCGCUCAGCCGCGGCCUGGCCCGUCUUUCGUUUGCCGGGAACUUUGGCGGACAGCGCUGCCCAGGAUGUUCCACGCGAGUGGACGGAGCAGAGCCCCGUAAAGGUCGCUCCGCUGUCGUUGCGACUUUUAAUCCAGGGUCUCGGGGAUGCGCGCGCUCCCCGCCAUCCCCACUAAACUUCCCGGCUCCGGGCGAUCCUGGGGCGCGGCCAGUGGGCUCGGCCCGGGCCGCCUUCUCCCCUUCUCCUUCCCCACGCCGUCGCGGAGAGGCGAGGGCCCGGUGGGCGACGAGCAGCCCGGGGCCGCCGGCCCGAGGGUCCUCGCCCGACGGCGCGGGAGCACCGCUGGGCUGCCGGGUCCCGCGGGCCCCCGGGGGGUGUGGCGAGCGUGCCCGGGGUCCCCACGCGGUGCCAGGGCGCACGGAUCCCGGCCCACGCCCUGUGCCUCCUCCACAGGGUCGGAGCGGUCGCCGUGCGGGUCCCCGGCCCGGCCGUGCGCGCCGCCCCCGGAGCCGUGCGCGUGGCGCGGCCUGCGGCAGCUGGUGCGCGGCUGCGGGCCCUGCGCGCUCGGCGCCCCCGGCCUGUGCUGCGAGCGCGCGCCCGAGCCCGCGGCCCCGCGCUUCGGCCCCGCGCCCCCCCGCCGGCGCCGCGGGCCUGGCGCUGUACGGCGACCUGGGGCCCGGCGCGCUCUUCCCCGGCCGCGCGCACCCGCUGCACGCCGAGCGCGGCGCCGUCAAGGUGGAGUCCGAGCUGCUGUGCACGCGCCUGCUGCUGGGCGGCUCCUACAAGUGCAUCAAGUGCAGCAAGGUGUUCUCCACGCCGCACGGGCUGGAGGUGCACGUGCGGCGCUCGCACAGCGGCACCAGGCCCUUCGCCUGCGAGCUGUGCGGCAAGACGUUCGGGCACGCCGUGAGCCUGGAGCAGCACAAGGCGGUGCACUCGCAGGAGCGCAGCUUCGACUGUAAGAUCUGUGGCAAGAGCUUCAAGAGGUCGUCCACGCUGUCCACGCACCUGCUCAUCCACUCGGACACGCGGCCCUACCCCUGCCAGUACUGCGGGAAGAGGUUCCACCAGAAGUCAGACAUGAAGAAGCACACCUUCAUCCACACGGGCGAGAAGCCCCACAAGUGCCAGGUGUGCGGCAAAGCCUUCAGCCAGAGCUCCAACCUCAUCACGCACAGCAGGAAGCACACGGGCUUCAAGCCCUUCGGCUGCGACCUGUGCGGCAAGGGCUUCCAGCGCAAGGUGGACCUGCGCCGGCACCGCGAGAGCCAGCACGGCCUCAAGUGAGCCAGGGGGAGCCGCCCCACCCCGGGGCGCCGCCCCGCCCGCCCCUUCCCAAAGCUCGGCCCAAGCCGCGCGAAAGCCGGGCCGCUCUCCUCCGCGCUGGCUGCGGAAGGAGCGCGGUCCUCCGGGCCCCCCCGCGGGCACCGAGCCCGCCGCAGGAGCAGCGAGGCGGCCGGAGAGGAGCCAGGUCCUCCCGGAGCCGGCCGCGGAGGGGCCGGGGCCAGCUCCCCCGACACGGAUGUCCUUCCUCCCCUCCGCAAGUGCUUACUGACCACGGGUUGUGAGCGCGAGGACCACAGGCUGGCACGGGGGGGGGGGGGGGCCCGCAGGGUAAAGCCACAGCCCUGCCCCCCACAGAGAAGCUGGACCCCGAAGCAGCUAGAGCCCGAGUUCUCCUCCUCCAAGGGGGCUCUGAAAAGGUCGCACAGACCAUCAGACCUUCGGAACUUUCGGAGUUCUUCAAGUGCAAACAAAAAGGAACUGCAGGGUUAUUUGAAAAAAACAAAAAUCCACGAUCAAAUCCAGUUUUUAUUGUUAAGCGGACAUUCUGUAAAAUGCCUGGGCUGGUAGAUGCGGGGCGAAGGCUGUGGCCUCAACUCUUGUGUACCACCUAGGAAAAAAAGUGGUAUUUUUACUGUGAGGGUUGUAAAUAUUUCUAAAUCUUCUGGAGUGCAUUAUGUA